CUGCGACUGGUGCUGGCCGCCAGUGCUCUGUGUCGCCCUUCCCGUGUCGACUGUCCUCUGUGUCGGUCUGCCACACCAUGGCACCAUCCGGCGUCUCCGUGGUGCUGGUGUUGGUCCUGGUGCUGGUGUCAGCGCCGGCAGCGGCGCAGCGCUGUAACCGAGAGCCCCCCGACCGGAACACGGCUAAAACGGCCGGCGGGGGCGGCUUCCGGAUUAAGUUCAGCGGCGGGGUCGACACGUACACACCGGGAACAAUCUACACUGUGAAGCUGAUGGGCUGGAGGACGCAGUACCUCGCGGAGAAGUUCACCGCCUUCAGUCUGGUGGCGGAGAACUCGCGAACAGGCGGCUCCUCGGUGAGGGACGCCGGCUCUUUCCAGGUGUUCGGCUUCGGGCUGGCCAAGUUCGACCCCAACUGUCCCAACAUGGUCACCCAGACGUCCACCGUUCCCAAGACCGAGGCCGAGGUGCUCUGGAUGGCACCGCGGGCCGGUGCUGGCUGCGUCACCUUCAAGGCCGUCGUGGUCCGCUCCCGCUACGUGUGGUACAUGGAUGACGAGGGACUGACCAAAGAGCUGUGCGAGGAGGGCUCCAGUCACCGACCGCCGCGGCAGCACCAGCAACAGGAACAGAGCCACCAGCAGCAGCAACAACAAGCCGAAGGCACCUGCUGCGCCUGUGACGAGGCCAAAUACGAGCUUCGCUUCGACGGCCUGUGGUCGCGCGAGUCCCACCCGAAGGACUUUCCGCGCAACGAGUGGCUAACUCACUUCAGCGACGUUCUGGUGGCGAGCCACGUGCCGGAUGUCAGCAUGUGGCAGGAGGGGGAGCCGGCCUCGGACGGGCUCAAACAGGUGGCGGAGUACGGCUACACCAGGAAACUCGAACAGGAGAUGAAGGUCAAGGGGCGAGCGUUGCGGACCCUGACUCGAGCCAAGGGUCUGUGGCAUCCGAACGUCCAGGGCACUACCGCUGUUGACUUCAAGGUGGACAAGAAGCGUCAUCACUUUUCUGCAGUCACCAUGCUAGGGCCGUCCCCGGACUGGAUUCUGGGUGUGUCGGGUCUGAAUCUCUGCCUCAAGAACUGCUCCUGGAUGGAGGAGAAGGUCAUCGACCUCGGACUGUAUGACGCCGGAACCGACAGCGGCAUCAGCUACGAGUCUCCGAACGCUCCUGAGGCUGAGCGGCAGCCGGUUCGCGCCAUCACCGCUGAGUGGCCUGCCGACCCGCGCGCGCCCUUCUUUGGCGCGCCGGCGGCACCCGUGGCGCGCAUCACCCUGACCCGGACCCGGGUCAUCCCCCGCAGCUGCGACCAUCAGCCGGACGUGGGACGGCAUACAUCGGCAGCAGACGAUCUGCCUCGCGAUGACCGACCCGAGUGUAUGGUAACUCCGUGGAGCGACUGGUCCGAGUGCUCAGUCACGUGCGGAGAGGGACUGAGCAUGCGAACCAGGGAGUACAAGCUGCCCGCAAAGGCGCAGAUGAUGAACUGCAAGCAGCAGCUUGUCGAAAAGGUGCUGUGUGACGCCCCGCUGACGUGUGACGGCCGGCCACGGCCCGUGUCAGACCACUCUGGACUCGGGGAGCUGAGCGGCCUGUGCGCCAUGAGCUCGUGGAGCGCCUGGUCGCCGUGCUCGGUCACCUGCGGCCAGGGCUUCAGGAUGCGGAGACGGAACUACCUGGACCGUAUGGGCAGGAAGAAGUGCUUCCACGACACAGAAGAGAAGGAGAAGUGUAUGGCGGUGCAGGCCGAGUGUCCGGAGACCGAAGAGGAGGAGGUGGACAGCGCCUGCCCUGUGACCGAUUGGAGUUUCUGGUCACCAUGUUCAGUAACCUGCGGCAGCGGACAGCGGGUUCGGGCCCGGCUGCUGCUGCUCCCGGAGCGCGAGCAGGCCCAGUGUCAGCACGUGCGGCUGAUGGACAAGGGCCCCUGCGAGGCGGCCAGGACGAGCUGCACCCUGGAUAUGAUGGAGGCUAAACGUGUGUGUAUGCUGCCAAGAGAGAUGGGACCUUGUCGCGGCAACUUCGAGCGCUGGUACUUCGAGCCGAUGAAGGGCAUGUGCGUUAGGUUUGUCUACGGAGGCUGUCGAGGAAACCAGAACAACUUCGAGACGUUUGAGGACUGCCAGACAUCCUGCUCAGUGGUGGCUGGCGGCGGCGGCGGCUCCCCUGCCGCCCAUAACCUGGUGUCGACUGCCCCCGAGCCUGUGGACUGCAUGGUCACCCCGUGGCUGCCCUGGGAGCCCUGUGACCGCACCUGUGGCCGCCGUGGCUCCGGCCGACAGCGGCGCGUCAGACGCAUCAAGGUCCACCCGAGGAACGGGGGCCGUCGGUGUCCCCGUCGCAUGGAGCGCUAUCGACGCUGUCGUAGCCUGCCACCCUGUAUCUAAAACCGCCCCGACAAACAGCGCUGUGGAGUCAGAACGUGACUGCGAGAGCUCAGCUCCGACAUACCAGCACAUUCGUCCGUGCGCGCCCAGUAAACAGGCGACUGAGACGGCAAACUGUGAAGAACGAGGAUGAUUGAGAAACAUGACCAAGCGCAAGUCGCGCGCGUGAUAGGCGAUCUUUUUCAUACUUCGGGUCUUGCUAGUUGGGUGUAUAUGUAAUUCAUUGCAAUGUUGCAUUUAAUUAUACCUACGUCAUAUUCAUAUACCAAGAUGGCAACAGCUGCAAGCUUGCAAGCUCUAGAGUAGUGACGAUCCGUCGAAAACAAUAUAGACUACGGUUUAUGGUAAUACGACGCAAGACGCAACAUUAACCGCAUGUUUUAUUUUGUUUUUAUGUACGGAGAGGUGGUUUACUGCGUGACUUAAUGCAAGCUAUUACUUUGGCAUUUAAUAAAGCGCACGCCAUCGCCCCAAUACAAAUGCUGCUGCCAGAGAAGUUAAUCGUUGCCAAUAUAAAACCGCCAAUAAUCCA